AUUUUUAGCUAGUAAUUCAAAUUUCCAAUUUGAUUAGCCAUUGAAAUUCAAAACAAUAUUUAGUCGUGAGUGUGGGGACAAAAAGUCUCGAAAAUCCCGAAAAUGUUGACUCUGAAACGGCCUGUAUGGCUCUUUGCUUGUUUCAUUGUGUAUAUUAGUGUGAUUGGAUGGCAUGGAAGUCAAAGCACACCCACGCCUCCUUUUAUGGAUCAAAUAACCCCAACGACUGCUUCAUCGCCAGUAUUGAAAAUGCCAAAGAUUACCAGCGAAUUCCGAGCCGGACGAAUAUACGAGUCAUUUCGAGCUCUGCCAUCGGUUAAGCCAACUCCGCAGAUGCUGACCAUGCUAAGUAGGAGUCGGAGUGUACGUUUUGCCAAUGGCUCAGAACCGUUCGCAUACCGUUCGAUGUCUGCGGAUAUGCUUAGCCGGAAUAUUUCGAUACUUCUGGAGAACCUAUUAAAGCAUUAUGAACAGUCACAACUGCCAACUCAUGGACAGGGAUUGCCAACUGUGGUGCGGACUAAUAUACUUAUUCGUAGCAUGGGCCCUGUUUCAGAACUCGAUAUGGACUACUCAAUGGACUGCUAUUUCAGGCAAUAUUGGCGCGACAAGCGGCUGAGCUUCAAGGGGCCCAUUAAGAGUCUGUCCCUCAGUAUCAAGAUGCUAGACAAAAUCUGGCGACCGGACACAUAUUUUUAUAAUGGCAAACACUCACAUAUACACACGAUAACCGUGCCAAAUAAACUUCUCCGACUGGACCAGGAUGGUGGAAUAUUAUAUUCCAUGCGUUUAACCAUCAAAGCUACUUGCCCCAUGGAGCUGAAAAACUUUCCAAUGGAUAGACAAUCCUGUCCACUCGUCAUUGGAAGCUAUGGCUACACCAACCAGCAAUUGGUUUACGAAUGGAAGAACCAAGAUGAUGCCGUUUCCUUUGUGCCGGGCAUGACCCUUAACCAAUUUGAUCUGAUCAGCAUGAUGCAUCGCAAUUUCACAUCCACCAGACGUGAAGGUGACUUUUCCGUUUUGCAUGUUGCGUUCAAUCUUAAACGGCAUACAGGCUACUUUCUAAUUCAGGUCUACGUGCCCUGCAUUCUAAUUGUGGUACUGUCGUGGGUCUCGUUUUGGAUACAUCGUGAGGCCACCAGCGAUCGCGUAGGCCUUUGUGUGACAGCUGUCCUAACACUUUCGACCAUUAGUCUGGACUCCCGAACUGAUCUGCCAAAGGUGAAGUACGCCACAGCGCUUGAUUGGUUUCUCCUCAUGAGCUUCCUCUACUGCAUUGCCACAUUAUUGGAGUUUGCGGGAGUCCACUAUUUCACUAAGUUGGGGAGCGGCGAAAUUCCCCGCGUGGAUGACGAAUGGGAGGAUAUUGGCGCAGUCAGUCUUUCUGAGGCCCAUGCUAGUGACACGGGGGCAGAUGCCAGUCACGUGGGUGUCGAAAGUGAUGAUCACCAGGACGAUAUUAGUGAAGGGAUUAAUUCUGACAGCGAUGUUUGUGUGUGUGCUGAGCACGAUGUAGUUGGACUUGAAUGCGAGCUACCAUUACCAGCAUCACUGAAUGGGAAUGCCAGCACUUUUCGCAAACGCAAUGCCCUCAUCUGCCCCAUCUACAAUGAUCCCUAUAUUUUUCCCAAAUCUACAUCUCACGCCUCGACCAUGGAGCGAACCACCCAAACCGAGCCACCAGUAGUGUCACGUAAGCACCAAGUUUGGCUCUGCCUCAAGGGCGACAACAAGUUUCGAAAGCAACGCGAACGAGACGCUGCCGCCGAGAAGAGUGGCCAAGGACGUGGGGCCACCUAUGUGAAUAGGGUCUCCCUAAUCGACCGAGUCUCACGCAUCGCUUUUCCCAUGUCAUUCGCCCUGUUUAAUCUAUUGUAUUGGCUGGCCUACGGGAUGUAUAAAAAGGAAUUCUCUUGGUCAUCUAUUAAAGCGUAGAGUUUUACCCACUGUACUGCGAAACAUACUAUUGAUUAUUAUUAUUUAUCCAGUUCCAGUUGCACACAUUAAAAAUACAUACAAAUUUCUACAAU